GGAGGGAAAGAAAAAAAAAAGCACCAAAUUGUUGAGUGAACAGCAUCAGUAGAGAGUGGAGAGGCAGAGACCGCAGUGAGGGAGCAGGCUGCCAAGAAGAGGCAGAGCCAGAGAGACGCACACACCGAGGUCCCAAAUUUAUUUUCUGCUUAGGGUCCACCGCAGAAUGAAUAAUGCAUUUCGUAUUUUUCUAAUAUGGAUUAUGAAUUAUUUUUUCCAACUCCUUCCCAGACUGGCUUCAUCACUCCAGCGGCACCGCGGCGCUUCACUGGAAUGUGCGCUGUAGCUUCUGCGGGACGCAGCUGAACGGCAACUCCGUGGAGCUAUAGAAGAGGGGAAAAAAUAAAAAAAUCUUCUGCGGUCUUUAAAAACUCUUAUAGUUUUCACCCAAAAUGCCUCUCGUUUAAUGGGACACUUUUCUCUGGAUGCCUUACGCAUUUUUGGAGACUUUUACGCAUUUUUGGAGACUUUUAUGUCCUUAUUGAAAUGGCUGAUGGAAAUUGAAAUUGUGUCCAUUAACAGAGGAUAAAAAAGGUUUUAUGGUCUUUUUCACCGAAGUGCUCUUGUUUUUCCGGCGAUGAUUGUGCUUGUGGUUGUCCUGUGCAUCACGAAUGGAGUGCUCGCCCAGAUACGCUACUCUGUGCCGGAGGAGGCGGACCAUGGCACCUUGGUGGGGAAUAUCGCCGAAGACCUGGGUCUGGACCUUACCAAACUGGCCUCUCGCCGCUUCCAAGUGGUGCCCAGCUCCCGCACGCCGUACCUGGAGGUGAACCUGGAGAACGGCGUCCUGUUUGUCAACGAGAAAAUCGACCGGGAGCAGAUCUGCAAGCAGAGCGUCAGCUGCCAGCUCAACAUGGAAGUGUUCCUGGAGAACCCGUUGGAGCUGUUUCGGGUCGAAAUCGAGGUGGUGGACAUCAACGACAACCCCCCCAGCUUCCCGGAGACGGACAUCACGGUGGAGAUCUCGGAGAGCGCCACUCCGGGCACCCGCUUCCCGCUGGAGAGCGCGUUCGACCCGGACGUGGGCUCCAACGCAUUACGCACGUACGACAUCACCACGAACAACUACUUUUACCUGGACGUGCAGACCCAAACGGACGGAAACAAGUUCGCGGAGCUGGUCCUGGAGAAGCCGCUGGACCGAGAGCAGCAGGCGGCGCACAGGUACGUGCUGACCGCGGUGGACGGCGGUCAGCCGCCCCGGACUGGCACCGCGCUGCUGGUGGUCAAAGUGCUGGACUCUAACGAUAACGUGCCGGUGUUUGACCAGCCCGUGUACACGGUGAGCCUCCCGGAGAACGCGCCGGUGGGCACGCUCGUCAUCCAGCUGAACGCCACCGACCUGGACGAGGGGCUGAACGGGGAGAUAGUUUACUCCUUCAGUAACCACAUCUCCAGCCGCGUAAAGGACCUGUUCAGCAUCGACCCGCGUACCGGGCGCGUCGAGGUGCGCGGGGAGGUGGAUUUCGAGGAGAGCAGCCUCUAUCAGAUCUUCAUCCAGGCUAAAGACCUGGGGCCGAACGCCGUGCCCGCACACUGCAAAGUGCUCGUCAAAGUCAACGACCUGAACGACAACGCGCCGGAGAUCACCUUCAGCACCGUCACCGAGUCGGUGAGCGAAAGAGCGGCGCCCGGCACCGUGAUCGCGCUGCUCAGUGUGACGGACCACGACGCGGAGGAGAACGGCCAGGUCAACGUGGAAGUCCUCGGCGACGUCCCGUUCAAAUUAAAAUCCUCAUUCAGGAAUUAUUUCACCAUAGUGACCGAUGCGCCGUUGAACCGGGAGCAGGCGGAGUCCUACUCGGUCACGGUGGUGGCGCGGGACAAGGGGACACCGUCGCUCACCACCAGUAAGUCCAUCCGCGUCCAGGUGUCCGACGAGAACGACAACGCGCCCACCUUCACGCAGCCCAUAUAUGAUGUGUAUGUGACGGAGAACAACGUGCCAGGGGCGUACAUCCACGCGGUCACGGCUCUGGACACGGACGUCGGGCAGAAUGCGCUCAUCAGCUACUCCAUACUAGAGUGUGACAUCCAGGGCAUGUCGGUCAAAACCUAUGUGUCGAUCAACGAGGAGACGGGCUACCUGUACGCACUCAGGUCCUUUGACUACGAGCAGCUGAAGGAUUUCACCUUCAUGGUCCAGGCCCGAGACGCGGGCACCCCGGAGCUGUCCACUAAUGCCACGGUCAAAGUCAUCAUCGUGGACCAAAACGACAAUGCCCCGCUGGUCUUGGCGCCGCUGGGGAAGAAUGGCACCGCCAGGGAGCCCCUGCCCCGCACAGCGGAGCCGGGCUACCUGGUGACCCGCAUAGUGGCGAUGGACGGGGACGACGGCGAGAACGCACGCCUCUCCUACAGCAUCCAGAGGGGGAACGAGAACGGCAUGUUCCGGAUGGACUGGAGGACAGGUGAGCUCCGCACAGCGCGGCGGGUGUCGGCCAAGCGAGACCCCCACCAGCUGUACGACCUGCUGAUCGAGGUGAGGGACCACGGCCAGCCGCCACUGUCCUCCAGCGCCAGCGUGCUGGUGGUGCUGGUGGACAGUGUGGCCGAGAGCCACGGCGGCGCGGACAGAGGCGGCGCCGCCAAGGCCAAAGAUGGCACCCUGGACCUCACGCUCAUCCUCAUCAUCGCCCUGGGCUCCGUCUCCUUCAUCUUCCUGCUGGUCAUGAUCGUGCUGGCCGUGCGCUGCCAGAAGGACAAGAAGCUCAACUUCUACACCUGCCUGACCAGCGACUGCUGCCUGAGCUGCGGCGCGUGCUGCUCGCAGCAGGGCCGCGCGCGCAAGAAGAAGCUCAGCAAGUCCGAUAUCAUGCUGGUGCAGAGCGCAGUUAACGUGAGCGGAGCCGGCACCGCUCAGGUGCCCGUGGAGGAGUCGGGGAGCUUCGGCUCCCACCACCAAAACCAGAACUAUUGCUACCAGGUAUGUCUGACUCCAGAGUCCGCCAAAACCGACCUCAUGUUCCUAAAGCCGCGUAGUCCGUCUCGGAGCACAGACACCGAGCACAACCCGUGCGGGGCCAUAGUGACAGGGUACACAGACCAGCAGCCUGACAUCAUAUCAAACGGCAGCAUAUUAUCGAGCGAGACCAAACACCAACGAGCUGAACUCAGCUACCUGGUUGACAGGCCACGACGUGUCAACAGUUCGGCGUUCCAGGAGGCGGACCUGGUGAGCUCCAAAGACAGUGGCCAUGGAGACAGCGAGCAGGGAGACAGCGACCACGACGCCACGAAUCGAGGCCAUUCCUCCGGUGCCGAUCUGUUCUCCAACUGCACGGAGGAGUGCAAGGCCCUGGGCCACUCGGAUCGCUGCUGGAUGCCGAGCUUCAUGCCCUCCGACGGGCGCCAGGGUGCGGACUACCGCAGCAACCUGCACGUGCCCGGCAUGGACUCUGUCCCCGACACAGAGGUAUUUGAAAGCCCCGAGCAAACGGCCGAUAAGUCAUUCUCCACCUUUGGCAAAGAGACGCCCCUCAGUCACCACCACCACCACCACCACCUCCACCACCAUCUUCUCCAAAACCAUCAGCUCAGCCACCAGCACAGCUCGCUAGAGAGGAAAGAGUUGGAGGCGUUUCUGCCCAGCUCCAGAGCGCCGUGUAGCCCGGCUCAUUUAACGAGGAAAAGGGUUUGCUAGCUCCUUCCGUGUGGACAUAUCGGAAUCCGCGUGACUUUGCACAAUCACUCCCGCGACGUCCAAGGCUGUAAAAAAACAACAAAACAAGCAAAGAAGCCUUUUGUUUUCAUCCCCCCCUCAUCCCCCUUCACCCAGUGCAAAAAUAAGUUAAAAAGUAUAUAUAAAAACACACAGCUUCACACGAUGAGACCCCCCCCCCCCCCCCUUGAGGAGCUCAGAGUUCCCUCAUUCCUGGAAUUCCUUGGAUCACUGCCGGGCUGCGGAGGCACCCCUCUCGCUGGAUCAGCAGCCGGUCGGACACGGAGGAGAGAGCCGGCGGGGCGGAUGGGUGCAGGCAGAUGGAUGGAUCGCCUUACUGGGAGGACCCCAUUGUCUCAGCGGGACUGAGAAAACUAACAGAGGAGGAGGAAGGUCGGCGGCGACGGAGAGAGACGGCCUCGCGCCGUUCCUUUUUUUUCCGACCUGCGUGUGCCUGUUUACAGCGCGGAUGUGUACAGUACGUCUCCGGGGGGGAACGGAGCCGCGGGAGGACGGGACGUCGUGCACGCCAGACGGACUGGAGUGCCAGCCGCCCGGAGGAAGCGCCACUGAGCCCUUUAGGCAUUUGUACUCGCAGAGAGACGCCAAAUUGUACAGGAGAAACCUUUGUGCAUUUCAAAAUGCAAAGUCACAGUUUUAGAUUUUUCUAUUCUGUUUACGUGGUCAGCUCUCUCUAUUCUGAUCGACUUCAAACUUUGUAAGAAAAGAUUGUGGGCAGGAUGUUUAUUUUUUAUUUUUUGGAGUUCUUUUCAUUUUCUGUUCAUUUUUUUUGCUUCGGAUUUGGUCUGUUCACCACGUCGUGGGCUCCGAGUGUUUGGCCUGCACUUUUCUGAUUCUGAGGUGUCAAGUAGUUUCUAUCAUGUGUGAGAAGUGUUUACUGUACUCUUUUAAAAGUUUCAAGCUGAAUAUUAAGCUCUAUAUAUAAAUCCAUCUAUAUCUACUUGUUCCGAAGGCGUGCCAUCCGUUUGUUAGGUUCCACGUUCUGACUCAGAGGCCUGACUCUUGGCUGCGUUCUUUCUCUUUUUCUUUUCCCCAGCGGGAGACGGACCGGACGGCGUCAUUUGUUUGACAUUAUUUCCAUUAUUUUGUUUCCACUUUUGGAUAUUGAUGAAGUUCAUGUCUAUAAAUAAAAAAAGAAGGUAAUAAUUUAGAUUGAAACCAGUGGUAAUUUUGUGUCAUUGUAACCAAAAGUUUAAAGGGUACAUUUAUAAAGAAACAGGACAAUAACUCGGCCAAAUGCAACAAGGGGUGUUGUACGCGAGUGCAGUUGGAGAUCCAGCCGACGCACAUUUCUUUCUUACACAUUACAAACACAGACACACCGAACAUGCCAACAAUAAACAGAAACAAAAUGGUGAAAAAGG